AUGAAUAUGAAUAUGUGUAGCAAUAGUGGCGGUACUAAUGCAUGUGGAUGCUGUGGUGGUGGCGCUGGUGGCGGAGGUAAUGGCAACGGCGGUAAUAAUGGUGUUUCGAUAUGGAACUCCGGUGGUAUGAGGAAACAGCAACAGCAAAAGCGUCCGAGGAUUCCGAAAAGAGGUCCCGGCGUUGCUGAGCUUGAGAAGAUCUUAAAGGAACAAGAAACUGGUGAUGUAACAACAACUCAGAGAGGGAAUAAUGAAGGGUUUUCGAUAUCGUCGUCGUGUUUUAUUCCACAUCCGACGCAAUUGACGCAACCGACGCAAUCGCAGCCAACGUUACGGCCGAAUUCCGAUAAUAUGCAUUCUCUUAUACCGUCGUCGCAGAAAUUCGAUCUAACAGUGUCACCAGCAGCUAGAUCUAUGUAUGCUAACAGUAAUGUGCAUCCAUUGGGAUGGAACAAUGGAGUUGGAUCUAUGGAACAUGAACUGUUUCGUCGUCGGAAUCUUAAUUCUACGUCGAAUCUUAAUGAAGUUGCUGACGGAAGCCCGUCUGAAUCUGAAGACUCUUCGUCUAGUGAAUCUAAUCAUGCUAAUUGUUCUUAUCCUGCAAUGGUAUCAAGGAGGAACAAUGUUGAUCCAUCACCUAAGAUGAAUGAAAUUCAUGGAAAUGGUGGCAAUCAGAAUGGAGUACUGUCAAUUGGAUUGCCCAAUUAUUCUGUGGAGUCCCCUUCAGUCCAAAAUUCACAUUACAACUACUCAUCUAGGUCAAAUGAUGAACAAAUGAUGGCUGGCCGCUUAAAGCGAUCUUAUUCUUCAUCUUUGGAUAAUUCUCUGAUUCCGCCUUCAAAUUUUCAAGUUCUUCCGAGUUUCUCACGCCACAAUAGACCCCAACCGUCAUCAUCAAACGGGAUUAGUAGUUACAAUCCCACCAAUGAGUGUUACCGAGAUGCAAAAUGGGGUAGCACUUUGGAGCUCAGUAAUAAGAUUUUCAACUCUGAAAAUGUUGGCUCUAGUCAUACAAAUUUCCCCCCAUUUGUUCUUCCUGAAGUUCCUCCACCUCGACCUUCGAUGCACUUGUUUCAAAGUAAUCAUUCCAAAGUAAACAAGUUUCCUUGCCAAGUCAUUGAAGAUAAAGUAGAGAAUUCAAAUGAAGAAGAUCAUAAACCUUUCUUUAACUUCUUAGAAGUGAAGAACCAAGAAGAUGUGACAGAUAUAACAAAUGGAUCAAAUAAUGGAGGACUUGAAGAAGGAAGAGGUGGCAUUGAUCUUACAUUGAAGCUCUAAGUUUGGAAAUUUUAUAGAGUAUACUUUGGUGCUUGUGAUUGGAUGAAGGAAGAGCUUUCAUAAUAAUUUCUCCUGGAAUCAUGAAAAUCAUGAAAAUCAAGAUGCCAGUUUGUGUGUAUUUUUAUUUAAUUUAAUUUCAUUAUUGAAUAUUAUGCUUGAGUUGGCCAAACUUGUGAUCAAAAUGGGGGCACUAAUUUGAGAGGUGAACCCUGGUUGA